AUGGCUGAUGAAAUUGCAUCAGCAAUGGAGCAGGAAAUGGUGGAAGAACAGGCUAUAAAGUGCCCAAGGCCUUCAGCAAAGAGGCAAAGGAAAGGAUCUCCUGACGCCCGAGAAGAAGCAGAUAAAGAACGUGUAGACGAUAGUCUUCUGCAAGAUGCACGUAGAAUCAAAGAAAACAUCAGGGUCUACAUGAACGCAACAGACAGGAACGUGAGUGCGAAGGUACAAAAGCACGUUAAUGGGAAAAUGCAGCAGUUAAUAGAUAUAAUGGAGACAAUAUAUGAUAAGAACUAUGAAAAAACGUUUUUAGUACAACGUGUGGUAAAGGACACAUUAGCUUCCUCUGAAAUGUAUGAUAUCAUAGUAAAUGCAUUAGUGGAAAAAGCAGUACCUAUGGUUAUCGAGGGACUCAAGUCGGAAAGUAAAACCAUACAAAGACCACUGUCAGAACCUCAGACAUCUCGGGAGUUUCCAUGCGUUAAAGAACAACCGCUAUUAGCCGAUGCCCACGCUAUUAUUGAGACCACGGAGAAUGAAAGUUUCCAGGAAAAUCCGGCCUUUGGGAAGUUGGAAGUCUAUCAAAUCUCCGUUCCAAUCUUUUAUUUCUUAUUGGAUGAGUGGAAUAUUGAAAGAGCGAACGAAGCAUGUCCUAUCUCUCAGACGAGGAAUCCAUUGGAGCAGUUCUGGAGCUAUUCUUGGAGUCCAGCAGGAAUAAAUGUCAAGGAUUUCCUUCCAAGUCUUAUAGAAGGUUAUCGAUCAGGAAGACCAACCACGUUAGACAAUGACUUGUCAAAGACGGCAAGAAGCAAAUCCGUAUCAAAUAAUAGAGGAAUUGUCAAACAGUCCCAAACAACGUUGGUCGACCAUCCAAGAACAUUUGCAGCAGAUUUGAAAACUUCCGUAUGUAACUUAUUGCUUCAACGACACAAUACAGAAGCAUUUUUCGAUCGCUUGAUCACCGUAGAUGAUGAAUAG